UUCCCCUCCCCGCCCCCCCGGACCCCGUUUCCACAACAGUGGGGUUGGGAGUCAGCAUGCGAGACAGAACUGCAUUUUCUAUCUUUGCUGUUCUUUCCUCUCCCUGUUUCUGCGCAUUUGUCUCGAUUUGUCUUCACAGAAACGAGAUCAGACUUGAACAACAGAAGCAACAUUUCAGCCCAUUUCAACUAACGUCUUCUCUUGUCCCCCCCAAAAAGGAACGUUGUUACCCUCCAUAAGAACAUCAAAAAGACGGCUUGUCAGGGUUUCCUCCUCCUCCCCCCUCUUGAAUACUCUCUACAGCUAAAGGAAAAUGGAAGAAGGCAUAUAGUUGAAAUGAAAGCCUGAUGUAAUACAUUACAUUUCAAAUUCCUUAAGGGUCUUGAAAUAGGAACAGUUAAAUCUGGAUCUGGUACAAGUUGAAACAAAAAGGUUGCCAUUAAAUAAAAUUCUGUGAAUUCAUACUCAUGAGAAAAUUAGAUACCCCUUUGAGUGAUGCCCCUGAAAUGUAGAAGGAUUAUGUUACAAGGGAAGCUCUUUGGGGUAAAGACUGUCCUUUUGUUCUGUCCUUUUUCAGUGCCUGAUACAAUGGGGUCUUGCCCCAUGAUUAAGAGUCCUUAGCUUUAAGGUAACACAAUAAAUAAUAAUAAUGUUCAUUAAAAAGCAUAAAAAGAGCCAACUACCUGCAGGAGUGCAGUUGUGACCUGAUAUUCCUAGGUGCCAUGACCAGUCAAAUAAAAGGCAGAAUUGAGGUAACAUCACCUGAGUGCAGAAAGGGUUCACUAGGAAGAAGAAAUCUUCCCAGGAAGGAAGAAGGUUUGGUCAGGGCAGAAGGCUACAAGAAGAAAUAUAAAAUUGAGGGAUCUCGUCUAGUCCUCAAUAGAACCCAGCUGAUAUUGGUGAAAACUGGAAGAUGGAAAUGUGGGGGGACACUGAGCCCCUUUCAUAUGCUUGGCAGGCCCAUCGGCUUUCAAUAACUCUGUUUAGUAGAGAAUCUGAGAGCCACUUGUCACUGCCCCUCAGAUGCUACCUUUGUCCCUCACACAGAGCUAACAACGUAUACGUUUCCCAGGUCUCAGUUUGUGUGAUCGGAAGAGAAGGGAUUUCUGAGAGGAUGGAGCCCCCGUCCAGCUCAAGGUCUCAGAGGUUCCACCACCCAGGACCAGAACUAAGCUGUGACCUCAGACAGAAGCUGCAGUAUCCACGGCAACUAGAUCUUCCUGCACCUUAUUUGUUUGUUCCUUAUGAUAAGGAGAAUGAAGGAGACCAGGAUAUAGUGGCCUCGCUCUGUAGGUUUGGCUUUAUGAUGCCAGUGACGUUUGAGGAGGUGGCCGUGUCCUUCUCUGAAGAUGAAUGGGCUCUUUUGGAUGAAAAGCAGAAGGAACUCUACAGAGAUGUCAUGCAGGAGAAUUACGAGACUUUCAUCUCAUUGGGAUUUCUGAUCGCUAAAUCAGAUGUGCUGUCCCAGAUGGAGCAAGGGGAAGAGCCGUGGUUCCCAGAUCUCCAGCACUCUGAGGAAAGGGAGAAUGCAAGAGGCUCUAGCACUGGUGCUGGGACAGUGAGUGAGAAGGAGGGAACAGCCCAGAAAGUAUCUACAGGAUCAGAACCACAAAGGAUGUUCUCAGGGAGACACUGUUGCCUUGAGUGGGGAGAUGCCAGUGAGUGUCAGGGCAGGACAGAGAGGCUCUGGGAAGACCCUCCAGGCAGGAGUAAAUCCACUCAUAGCAAAAGAAGUUUAGAGAAAUCCAAAGACACCAGCACCCACCAGACAGCCUGCACGGGGGAGAGCCCAAACACAGGUGCUGAACCUGGGGAAAGUUUCAAUAAAUGCUCGCUCCUCGUUAAGCAUUGUCAGCAAACUUGUGCAGGAAAGGGUGCCCACAAGUGUAAUGAAUGUGGCCAAAGCUUUUCUCAACAACAGUGCCUUCAGAGACAUCUGAGAAGUCACACAGGGGAGAGAUCCUAUAAAUGUAAUGAAUGCGGGAAAAGCUUCAGACACAAGACAAGCCUUGUUCUUCAUCGUUACACAGUCCACAAGUCGGAGAGACCCCAUAAGUGUGCAGUGUGCGGCCAGCAAUUUAUCCUGAGAAAAAGACUUAUUGAGCAUCAGAGAAUCCACAACGAAGAGAUGCAUAGAGGGUUUAACAGUGGGAUUGUGAGUGAGAACAAGGAUGAGCAUCCUCAGCAGAAAAAGCCAGUGGGAGCGGAGCCUCACGAGGCAUCUCAGAGAUGUGAACGGGCAGAUGCUGGUAAGAGUCGGGGAAGGAGAGGACAGCAGCGAGCUUACCCAGCAGGGGGAAAAGACUGUGAAUCUCCUAUAUGCGAAGGAAGUUCUAAGAAAUUGAACCGCAGCAUCGCCUACCAGGGAGCCAAGGUGGGAGCACAAUUGAGCACACAAAGUAAAAGUAAGAGAAGCUUUAGCAGCAGCUCAGCCCUUGACCUGCAUCAGAAAACCCACCCGCAUGAGAAACGUUACAGCUGUGCCGAGUGUGGGAAAAGCUACCGCCAGAACUCGCACCUCCGAAGGCAUCAAAAAAGCCACACGGGAGAGAAACCUUAUGUGUGUGCUGACUGUGGGAGUAGCUUUGGACGGAAGUCGACACUCAGUAAACACCUACGGACGCACAAAGAGGAGAAACCCUAUAGCUGCGCUGACUGUGGGAGAAGCUUCAGAGAGAGCUCGUACCUUGCUCUGCAUAAGAGAAUCCACACAGGAGAGAAACCCUAUCAGUGUCCUGACUGUGACAAAAGCUUCAGGCGGAAAGGGGACCUUUCCACUCACUGUAAAACCCACACGGGGGAAAAACCUCAUAAAUGCACUGAAUGCGGGCAAGGCUUCAGGCGGAAAUCAACUCUGACUAAGCACCUGAGGACCCAUACUGGGGAGCGGCCCUAUAAAUGUCCUCACUGUGAGAAAAGCUUUCGUCAGAAGUUCUCCCUUUCCCAGCAUCAGUUAACGCACCAGGAAGGGUGGCCUCACACAUGUACGGAAUGUGGGAAAGGCUUCAAUCACAAAUCAAACCUUGUUCAACACUUGGCAAAACUGCAUUUGAAAAAGCAAAGCUGAAGAGAGGAACUGGUCUUUCAAUUGGUUUUGGGGAUGGUUAGUGGGAAUUUCAAGGCAGUGGAGUUGAACUUUGGAAGUUGAGCCGUGGCAUGCCAUCUAUGGAUGCAACGCAUGGAUUGCAUUCCUGUGUGAGCCCUGAAUAUGACAUCCUGACUGACUGUGCCAGUGGGACGAGUCCACCCGGCCCCUGAACACACAGGCAGGAUGCCAUUUUGUAGCACAAAAUGGCAUCCUCCGCACAUUGUGAAGACAGGGGUAUUUUAACAUGACACUCUACAAAUGGAUUAAAACCUGGCGAACUGAGAUGUUUCAAUAUGUAACUUAAACAGGGAAUCCUCAUUGAGCAGGUGUGUUUCUAGUGUGAUCCUGCAGAGAUCCAUUCUUGAUCCUCUGCUAUGUAACACUUAUCAAUGACCUGGAAAAAAACACACAAUGAUCACUGAUAAAGUCUGCAGAUGACACUCUAAUCCUGGGGUGGUGGUGGUAAAUAAUGAAGAGAACAGGUCACUGAUUCACAGUGAACUGGAUCCCUGCACUCCUCUAUGGAAUAGCUACGCAAAAUGUUUCUCAAUUUACUCUUAAAAAACACAGUUGGGCAGAGUGCAGGGAAUGAAGUGGAAAACAGAAAAUGCCCCAAUUAAUUUACAGUCGGUUAAGCCUUAGUGUGAUUUGUUAGCUUAUGAGCCAAAGUCCCCUAACAUUUUGCAUAGCUGCAAAGCCUAUAAAGGAUACGUGUGACCAAUUGCUAUGCUUGCUGGUGAAAUAAGGAAUGGAGAGGUACUGAGACUGAUCUGUUUGCAGAUGAUUUAGCUAUUAUUUGCAAGUCCUAGAUGUUUUGCUGAGUAAGGGAUAUGGAGUGGUACUAACAGAACAAGGAAGUAACUAGGUUGUAAACAACUGGGGUAUGUGUGUCGGGAUAAGCAAAUUGGAACAGACACAGGUGUUGAGACUUAAAGAUAGGUCAGGAAAGAUUUUUACAGCUUACCUGGAGGCAAGAUUCCCAUGAUAGCUUUUUCUUAAUUGCAAAUUACAAUGCAGUAACCCAUGACAUAUUUUGUUAUACGAUAUAUUUUUGCACUGUACUAAGUGCAACAUAUUCACAAGAUAUGUAAUGCAUAAAAAUGGCCAAAGAAGGCCAUAAACAAUGAAUAACCAGUAGGUUUUGAAACAGUUGGAAAAUUACAAGGAAAAGGGAACUUAUGGUAAGAGUCUAAGGGCAUGUGUAUAUACUUACCGGGGAUCGAUGCUGCUGCAGUCGAUGCACUGGGCAUCAAUUUUAGUGGGUCUCCGCUAGACCCGCUAAAUCGACCACAGAUCCACUGGAAUGAGAAGUGUAAGGUAAGUUGAUGGGAGAGCAUCUCCCGUCAAUGCAGUGCGGGGUAGACACUGCAGUAAGUGGACCUAAGCUAUGUCAACUCCAGCUAUGGUACCGGAGUUGUGUAAUUAUGGGGGUAAGUCGACCUAAGUGUAGACAAGCCCUAAGAUAUGGAGAAGUAUACACCAAAAGGAGGAAAUUGAUAAGGGUUGGAAUGUUGAACUAAGAAGAGUUACCAGGGUAUAACUAUCAGAAGAAAUCAUAAAGUAAGACCAUUGGCAGACAGGAUCCAGACUGUCUGCAGCUACAGAGAAGGCCUUUCACAGGUGUGGGUAAUUGUAUGCCUCUCUGUAUGUGCUGUCUUGACUGUUUAACAAGUCUGCUUUGAAUGAAUUUAUUAACCAAAUCUAAAUUUAAGAGAAGGCUAUUCAUUAAACGUAUAAUCACAAUUAAAAUUC